CUUUCCUCUAAUAAAUUAAAGAAAAUAGACCAAAAGGGGGGUUCUCCACUUCUAUCUCUUUCUUUUUCUUUCAUCCAUCGGGUAUCUCUUUGCAUGCAAUACACCAACACACGGCUCUGUUCUUUCUCUGCAACUCAAUCUGUGUUCUUGAAGUUCUUUCAUGUCGAUCUCGAACUCGCCUGAAAACCUGGAUCAGAAACCAAACAUUCGUAAUGAAUCGGAGGAUCGUAGCUUCUCUGUUCGGAGGAGAACGAACUCUAACGUGGUUAAUGCCGUACCCGAUUCGUGUUCCAAGGUUGGCACGAUUGAGACGGUAACCAAAUUUUCUUCCGUCGAUUCUGCUGCUGAGAUGAGUUCAGGUGAAGAUAGAAAUCGGAUUGGUAAUGGUGAUGAUCGAAAGGAAGAGGCGAAUUCUUUUAGUAAUGGACAGGUUUAUAAUGAGCGUGUUGGAAUUGGUGAGGGUCGAAGCCCUGAGGCUGAGGUUCCGUUUAGAUUUUCUUAUCGCGCUUCCGCUCCUGCUCACCGGAGAGUAAAGGAGAGCCCUCUUAGUUCUGACGCUAUCUUCAGACAGAGUCAUGCAGGUCUCUUCAACCUAUGUAUUUUAGUUCUUGUUGCUGUUAACGGCAGGCUAAUCAUUGAAAAUUUAAUGAAGUAUGGCUUAUUAAUCAGAGCUGGUUUCUGGUUUAGUUCAAAAUCACUGAGAGAUUGGCCACUUCUUAUGUGUUGUCUCUCGCUGCCGAUUUUCCCACUUGGUGCUUUCGCGGUUGAAAAGUCGGCAAAGCACAAGUUUAUUCCUGAACCAGUUGUUUUGUCGCUUCAUGUAUUAAUUUGUACGGCUUCACUCCUUUAUCCAAUUUUUGUGAUUCUCAGGUGUGGUUCUGCUGUUCUAUUUGGCAUUGCUUUAAUGCUCCUUGCAAGCAUUGUGUGGUUAAAGUUAGUAUCUUAUGCACACACAAAUUGUGAUAUGAGGGCACUUGCCAAGUCAACUGAUAAGGUGGCUUCCAAGUCUUCAGAUAUGGAUUACUCUUAUGAUGUUAGCUUUGAGAGUUUGGCAUACUUUAUGGUGGCUCCUACAUUAUGUUACCAGGCAAGCUAUCCUCGUUCUACAUGCAUUCGGAAGGGUUGGGUGAUCCGUCAACUUGUUAAACUGGUAAUAUUUACAGGAGUGAUGGGUUUUAUUGUAGAACAAUACAUUAAUCCAAUUGUCCAACAUUCUCAACACCCUUUGAAAGGCAACCUUUUAUAUGCUAUUGAGAGGGUCUUGAAGCUAUCAGUUCCAACCUUAUAUGUCUGGCUUUGCAUGUUCUAUUGCUUUUUCCACCUUUGGUUAAAUAUACUUGCUGAGCUGCUGCGAUUUGGUGAUCGUGAGUUCUAUAAAGAUUGGUGGAAUGCAAAAACAGUUGAGGAGUAUUGGAGAAUGUGGAACAUGCCUGUUCACAAAUGGAUGGUUCGCCAUAUCUAUUUUCCAUGCCUUCGGAACGGGCUCCCCCGGGAAGUUACCCUUGUGAUUGUCUUCUUUCUCUCUGCCAUAUUCCAUGAGUUAUGUAUUGGGGUGCCCUGCCACAUAUUCAAGUUUUGGGCUUUCAUAGGCAUUAUGUUUCAGGUUCCCUUGGUCCUCAUCACAAAUUACCUACAAAAUAAAUUCAGGAGUUCCAUGGUUGGGAAUAUGGUCUUCUGGUUCUUCUUCAGCAUUCUUGGUCAACCAAUGUCAGUGCUUCUGUAUUACCAUGAUGUGAUGAAUCGGAAAGAGAAUGGAGUAAGCAAGUGAUCUGAUAUGCAUCUCAUUGGCUGAAAAACAGCAGAAUUGAUGGAGGUAAAUCUCUCAGCGCCUCCAUUGUAUGAUGCGGAGCAGUAUAGUUCGUUUUCAUUCAUUCAUCUGAUUCCAUGCUGCUUCGAUCUUCGUUUCACCGGAUCGUGCCUUUCACUACUGAAUGGUUAUUUGAUGGAAGCCAUUGUUGAUUCGUCUAAUGUUAAGCCAUCAAGGAUGGUUCAUUGGUAACAAUUUUCUACAAAGCUGAGAUCUUCAUUUGUUUGAUCAUUCUUGAAUAACCUGUAAAUAUACGGAAUUCGUAGUUUGUCUUAAAUUCAUUUGCUGUCAUAUGGGUGUGUCCAUCACUACAUUUGAUGGAUUUAUACAACUGCAACCAAUUGAGAUGGAUACUCGACUCAACCUGAUAUGCCACUGAAGGUUCUGCAGCCCCUCUACAGCCCUCUACGGCUUGGUGGUGGAGCGUUGGUCGUGUAUCUUCAGAGGUUAGAAUUUGAGGGAAAAUCUUGAGAUGGAUAAUUACAACAGGUGAAAAUCAUUGAAGUGUCCUCAGUUGGCUGAUAUGGGUAGUAGGUCGUUGAUGUGAGAUUUAAGAGGGGGUGGAGUUUGAAUAUGUGACAUUUUCUAUCUCUCAAACAAACGGAUUUGACUUCUCUUUCAA